GCCCAUGGGGACCCCCCCGCUGAACCCCGCCUGCCUUCUGAGGAGGCCUGGCCCGUCUCCCGCUCUCGGCGGCCCCGCAGGCUGGGAGAGGCUGAGCCCGUACGGAUGACGCAGGUCGGAGGCACCUGCAGGACAGCCCUCUGGUGCCAGCAUGGAGGGCGGUGUGGACGGCCCCAUUGGGAUCCCCUUUCCCGACCACAGCAGUGACAUCUUGAGUAGCCUGAACGAGCAGAGAAACAACGGGCUCCUCUGCGAUGUGGUGAUCCUGGUGGAUGGGCAGGAGUUCCCGACCCAUCGCUCCGUCUUGGCGGCCUGCAGCCAGUACUUCAAGAAGCUCUUCACCUCAGGGCUGGUGGUAGACCAGCAGAACGUGUACGAGAUAGACUUUGUGAAUGCAGACGCCCUGUCGGCAUUGCUGGAAUUCGCCUACACCGCCACUCUGACCGUCAGCACGUCGAACGUCGGCGAGAUCCUCAACGCCGCCAAGCUGCUAGAGAUCCAGGCGGUGAGGGACGUUUGCACGGAUCUCCUGGACAGGAAGAUUCUGGCCAAAACUGACCAGAUGGAUACAGUAGAUCAAAUUGAUCAGAGGAACCAUCUCCGAGCAAAAGAAUACCUGGAGUUUUUCCAGAGUAAUCCCAUCAAUGGCCAACAGGGCAACUUUCCAUGGACCAACCAAGAAUUGAGAGACCUUCACAGGCUCAACUUCCGUGGCCGAGAGGAAGAAGAAGAGCAUGGACUUAGCAACGGCAUGGACUUCUACUCGCAGGCCGCCCUCAGUGACAGACCAAAGGCAAACGACUGUGAUCUUGACGCCAAGCACACCAUGUGGGAGGACGACGAGGUGACGGCCCAGGGACCCUUGUUCCCCCCCUCUCAAAAUGGACAGUUUGGUGGGCGUAGCCUGCCGGCGGCCAUGGGGGAGGAGGACGCACCAGCGGCAGUACAGUUGGACCAGCAGGAGGUGGGAGAUUCUCCGGCUUUUGCUUCCGGGGGACUGAAGCAAGAGGAAGUAGAUGCCCGGGAAGUGGAUGGCUUGGCCGCCAGCGCGCUCCUGCAGCAAAUGAUCAAUUCGGUGGGACGGCAGCAGCUAGCCGACGAGGACCGCAAGGAUGACGACGGAGUCAUGGAUUAUUACUUGAAUUAUUUUAGCACUUCCCAGGAGGGCGGCGAGUAUCCGUCCUGGUCUCAGAAGGUGGAGAAGAAGAUCCGAGCGAAAGCAUUCCAGAAGUGCCCAAUCUGCGAGAAGGUGAUCCAAGGAGCUGGCAAGCUCCCGCGCCAUAUUCGAACCCACACUGGCGAGAAGCCGUACGAGUGUAACAUUUGCAAGGUUCGGUUUACAAGGCAAGACAAGCUGAAGGUCCACAUGAGGAAGCAUACUGGCGAGAAGCCCUACCUGUGCCAGCAGUGCGGGGCAGCUUUUGCCCACAACUACGACCUGAAGAACCACAUGCGUGUCCACACGGGCCUCCGCCCCUACCAGUGCGAGAGCUGUUUCAAGACUUUCGUCCGAUCCGACCACUUGCACCGGCACCUUAAAAAAGAUGGCUGCAACGGCAUCCCUUCCCGGAGGGGGCGCAAGCCCCGGGUGAGAGAGGCGGCGGUCGCCCCCGCCCCGGCCACGAAUCCCGACGACAGCAGCAGCCUUGCGGGGGCCGAGGAGGCCGAAGAGACGCAGGGGCCCGCCGCGCCCCAGGACGAGUUAGAACAGCACUUUGAGGAUAGUUCGAACGCCGAGGCGGCGUCAGGAAGUUUGAAUGUAGCGGGGGGGAUCGUCUGAGGGUAAAACACAAGAACUCUCCUAAACCAAAAAAAAGAAAAAAAAAGUGUCACAAAAUCUAGUUAUAACUUUCCUCCAGUUUCUCUUGGAAAAUAUGGUUUCCCCACCCCCACCCCUUUUUUUUGUUUUUGGACAAAAAAAAAAAAGAGAAAAAAGAAUAGCCUUAUAGGUGUAUAACAUAUCUCCGUUUGUGAUCUUCCCACUAAUAACCAGUUAGUUACAAACUCUCGAAACCAUGGAUUGAUUUUUAAAUCUGCUCCCUGCCUUGAACGAAGGUCACCCAGCGAGUGAGGUUUGGGCUGAGACAGGGGCAGAAAGAAGCUUCCAGAAUUUUAGUUCUAAGUUUUAAACCUAUAUAUAUAUAUAUACAUACAUAUUAUAUUGGCCUUUUUUAGGUAUUUUAGAAGUCGCUGUUCCAAAGGGAUGCAACGAGGGAGGUCACUGAGUUGGCUGACUUAAAAAAAAAAAAAAGAUGAGGAAGCUUUAGGAAAAAAAUACCUCCAUUCCCCCCCACAGUCUAAAGUGCUCAUUUUUUCUACAAGCCCCCUUGUGGAGUUUUCAUUUUAAGUCAAAUACUGUUCUUAGGGCUGUUGGCAGAGAAUUUCAGGCCUGAUUUUAAAUGUUUGGUGAAUGACACCAAGUGACUGAAUUCCAAGGCUUUUUAUAGCAUUUUUGGUUCAUCCUGUACACUGUAGAAAAAGGGGUUCAGCAUCUCUUGGGCACUAUUAUCAAAUUUUAGGUCUGGAACAGGAUGUUGACCUGUCAAUCAGGGAAAACCUGUGUCAGCGACUUAGUUUCUUCAAAACUGGACUCCCUCACGGUGUUCUGUGGGCAAAAGGCUAAACGUACCGGUCUCGUGGAUUAUUGGUGAUCAAAGAAACCUCGUUGCCCUUCAGGAUUAUAACAAUCCAGAGUUUCCAAAACUCACUGAAAGCUGGCUGACGCCAGGAGCGUUGUACGCAAGCAAGGGAACAUCUUGGCUUACCAAUUUCAAUCUGGUUCCGUUUCUGGGAUGGUUUUCAUCAGUUUCCGUGUGACUCUCUGCCACCAAAAAAAGAUAAGCUUUUGAGCGUCUUUGGUGCUUUGUUCCGUGCUUCGGCAAGGAUUUUAAGAUGGUUAGUUAAAAUCUCGUUCUUAAGUUUCCCUCCUGGGGCACUAAAACAAAGCCACGUUACUGAAAGUUGCGGUACGUGUUUCUGCUUCCUGUCCUCAAAUAGGACCAUUUUGUCCCAGCUGAGAUCUGUGGGAGGGGAUCCCGUGCAUUGGCUUGGUGACGCGGGGCCAUCGGCUGGGCUCUUCCAGUGUCCCUUACCCCCAGGCACAAAAUAUUCCAACCUUGAUGUCAGUUGGAAGAUUAUCCUUUAAUUAUUCAGCAGUCCCAGACCUCAGGGGAAGCAUAUCCAAGACACUCCAAUUGAACUUAGAAAUUCCACCAAAUCAUCCGGACAUCCAAUGCCAGUCAGGUGAUUAGUUUCGGUCAGGCAGGACCUUUGGCUGCAGGCAGCGGCUGAGACAUCAAGACCGGUGCCGUUUGAGGGUGCCCCACAUCUCCCGGGUGGUGGGGUUGGGCAUGGAGCUGGACCGUUGUGAGCACGUUGGGCUGGGAGAGCCCUGUGUUGCCCCCGAGGUUGUGGCAUGUAUGCCAGGGGUCUUGAUUUUCUAGGGAAGGG